AUGGAUGAGCCCUCCCUGUCUUGGCAGGAGUGCUCUCCCUAUGCAGCCCACCUGUACGACGCAGAGGACCCGGCCACGCCCCUGCGGACCAUGCCCGGCCUCUGCGAGGACUACUGCCUGGACAUGUGGCAGACGUGCCGCGGCCUCUUCCGCCACCUCUCCUCGGACCGCGAGCUCUGGGCUCUGGAGGGCAACCGCGCCAAGUUCUGUCGCUACCUGUCCCUGGACGACACGGACUACUGCUUCCCCCGUCUGCUGGUCAAUGAGAACUUGAACUUGAACCUGGGCCGCGUGGUUGCGGAUGCCAAGGGCUGCCUGCAGCUGUGUCUGGAGGAGGUGGCCAACGGGCUGCGCAACCCCGUGGCCCUGGUCCACGCCAAGGACGGGAGCCACCGCUUCUUCGUGGCUGAGCAGGUGGGGCUGGUGUGGGCUUACCUGCCUGACCGCUCCAGGCUGGAGAAGCCGUUCCUGAACAUCAGCCGGGCCGUGCUCACCUCGCCCUGGGAGGGCGAUGAGCGGGGCUUCCUGGGGCUGGCAUUCCACCCGCGCUUCCGGCACACCCGCAAGGUCUACGUCUACUACUCGGUGGGUGUCGACUUCCACGAGUGGAUCCGCAUCAGCGAGUUCAGCGUGUCACAGGAGGACGAGAACACCGUGGACCACCGCUCGGAGAGGAUUAUCCUGGAGAUUGAAGAGCCAGCCUCGAACCACAAUGGAGGUCAACUGCUCUUUGGGGAUGAUGGGUACCUUUAUAUCUUCACUGGAGACGGUGGGAUGGCUGGAGACCCUUUUGGGAAAUUUGGAAAUGCCCAGAACAAGUCGGCGCUCCUGGGCAAGGUGCUGCGCAUCGACGUGGACCGCACGGAGCGCGGGCCUCCCUACCGCAUCCCACCGGACAACCCGUUCGUGGGCGACCCCGCGGCUCGGCCCGAGGUCUACGCCUUCGGUGUGCGCAACAUGUGGCGUUGCUCGUUCGACCGCGGCGACCCCGCGUCGGGCGCGGGCCGCGGGCGCCUCUUCUGCGGGGACGUAGGCCAGAACAAGUUCGAAGAGGUGGACCUGGUGGAGCCGGGCCGCAACUAUGGCUGGCGCGCGCGCGAGGGCUUCGAGUGCUACGACCGCAAGCUGUGCGCCAACGCCUCCCUGGAUGAUGUGCUGCCCAUUUUUGCCUAUCCGCAUAAGCUAGGCAAGUCGGUGACCGGGGGCUACGUGUACCGUGGCUGCGAGUACCCCAAUCUGAACGGCCUCUAUAUUUUUGGAGAUUUUAUGAGUGGGCGUCUGAUGUCCCUCCGAGAGACCCCAGGGACGGGUCAGUGGCAGUACAAUGAGCUCUGCAUGGGCCGUGGCCAGACCUGUGCAUUCCCAGGUCUCAUCAACAACUACUACCCUCACAUCAUCUCCUUUGCAGAGGAUGAGGCUGGGGAGCUGUACUUCAUGUCCACCGGCGUGCCAAGCGCCACGGCCGCACGAGGGGUCAUCUACAAGGUCAUCGACCCGUCCAGACGGGCACCCCCGGGCAAGUGUCAGAUCCACCCUGCCCAGGUGAAGGUGAGGAGCCACCUCAUCCCUUUUGUGCCCAAAGAAAAGUUCAUUCGGACCCCGGAGAGUACCCCACGACCCACAGCACGCACGCCCACCAAGGCACCCCGUCGCAGACGCCCCACGGCCCCUCCCCUGGUGCCCACCUCGAGGCCUGCCCGGCCCACGCGGCGGCCAGGGUCCCGCAGGGGCAGUGGACGGCGGCGGGGCCGGCCCAGCACCGCGGUGCCGCCGCCCUCCCACGGGGCCGUGCGCCUGGUGCGGCCCGCAGGGCUGAGCGCCGCGGGCCGCGUGGAGGUGUUCGCGGGUGGGCGCUGGGGCACGGUGUGCGACGAUGCGUGGGACACCAAGGCCGCUGCGGUCGUGUGUCGCCAGCUGGGCUUUGCCCACGCGGUGCGAGCCGCCAAACGCGCCGAGUUUGGCGAGGGCCGCGCGCUGCCCAUCCUGCUGGACGACGUGCGGUGCACCGGCGACGAGCGCAGCCUGCUGGAGUGCGCGCACGCCGGCGUGGGCACGCACAACUGCGGGCACCAGGAGGACGCAGGCGUCGUGUGCAGCCACAAAGACCCGGACUUGUAGGCAAAGCCUGGGCUGCUCGGCUGGGCCAUGGUGCUGCGUGUGGGUCACCUGGUGGAGGUGCUCGGAGCCUGUCCUAGAUCUGCGGAGCGAGCGGUCCUGCUGCACCCGUGCCUCUCCCCGUGUGUCUUCUGUAGACCUGACAGCAGAAGUGUGCCAGGCCAGCGUGGUCACUGUGUGUGGCACACCCUCCAGCUGGCCCAGGAACACACUCCAUCAUGGCACUCCGAGGGGAGAGGGCAGCCUCCCUCCAGAAGCAGAUAGGAUCCCUGGUGCAACUGAGGAGGUCUGGAGGCCAGGCCUGCCCUGCCCAGACCAGCUCAAGCAUGACCCGAAGACUGGGCCCCAAAGACCACUAACUGUGGUACACAGACGGAGCCACUGGAAAACAGGAAGGCAGUCUGCCAGACAAGGAGAACCCCUCCCAUGGACAGGUCUGGGGUACGCCGGGACCAUGGCUGCCCACCAGAAGGUCAGGCUGCCUGGGAGAGUGUGGGCAGCCAUCAGCAGUGAGGAAGGACCAGGGGGACUCCGAAGCCUUGUGUUGGCAAGCCUCCUGCUCAGCCAGACUCCAUCGUCACACCAAGCCCAGACCAAGGACCCUGGGGAAGUAAUUCAGCCUCCUCCACCUCUGCAGCCUCUCUUGCCCCUGGGAUGGAAGCUCACUGUGCCCUGCCAGGGAUGCGGGCUCAGCACGGGGGCAGGGGACUCCUCCACUCGCAAGGCUGUGUCCAGAUCUUUGUCAUCUCCAUCCCUACCCUGCUGGGAAAUCUCAGGGGAUUCUCUGACACCUCUAGUCCUACCCAGGGGUUGACUCUGUCACCAAGGCUGUGUCAACAAAGAGACUGUUUACAAUCACCCCCAUGUGUAAGUGGGACUUGGGGUGAGGGAGCAGGGGACAGGCCUGCAACCUCUUUCCUGUCCGUGAGGAAGAAGUUCCCCUGGUCACUGAGGUCCCCAGCCUGACCAGGUACCUGGGAGCUCGGGACAGCUGGGCUCAGCCUCCGGAGCAGGGGCAUGGGGGCAGAUGACUCACCUGACUCACACAUCUUGAAGACAGGGCAUGACCUGGGCAGGGGGUCUGGGGGUCUGAGUUGAGCCAGCUCAUGGCAGGACUGGCCAUGUGCUGGGCAGAGGAAGUGGUUCAAGGUUCUCUGACAUAGAAGGGUUUAUUGAGCAUUUGUAGAAAUGAAAGAGAAGGGAAAGGGUGAGGUUCAGGGUGAAGCUAUGCAGCUAUCACAGCAAAGUAGAGUGGAAGUUGGAGCCCAGGAUUUCUGUACCUGAGAUGUGGGAGGGGGCACUGUGCAGUUGGAGGAGUGAGGCUCAGGUCAUCAAUACUGGUGUGCAUGCAAAGGGUGACAUUACCCAGAUGAGAUGUUUGGGCUUGGUGGAGAGUCGAGAAAGCAGACAUGCUUGGGGCUUGAGGAUUGUUGGAGGCUAACGGUUGAGAAAUGAGUCAUUCAUUUCUCUGAUGCUUGGUAAAUGGGGAUCUAGAAAGUCAUACUAGCCACUUACAUGCCUGUAUUUGUUCAUUGAUUUUCUUCCUCCACCUCCUCCCUCUUCAGCUCCCAGCACUUUUUAUAAGACCUCUCAGGAUUUUUCUCCUGUUGCUCUCUUGGAUUUCUCGUAUCUCGGUGACCAGAGAAGAGGUUGGUGAGGUUCAACCCCUCUGGGGUUGGUGCCUGGGCUGACCCAAAAGCUCCCUUUUCUCCCUACCAAUCCAUUCAUUCACCAAGCCAACCUCGCCUGAGUCGGAUUCCCAGGGAGAAACUGCCUCUGCCCAGCAUUUUGCAACUUAGUUCUGGGUCCCCCAGCCCAGAGCUUCAGCUUGGUUGGCCUUGGUGUGGCUCUGCCUCCAGGAGCACCAGCCCAAGAAAUCACAAGUCCCCAACCACUGCCCUCAGGUAGUUCAGGGCCUUGAGCAGCUACCUGUUCCUUAGUUCCUGGCAGCCAUAGUCAGUCCAUGGUUCAAGCCAAGCAAGCUAGUGGACAACUCCAGUUCCCCCACGGUACCUGGGGAAAUCUUGUAAAUGUUUGAUGGUGACAUUUAAUGGUUGGAGUUGGCUCGAGACCCAGCUCCAGUUCUGGCUUGGUAACCUGAGGGUUAUCCCAUAAGCUCUCACAGCCUCAUUGGCAUUAUAAAAGAAUGAGGCAACUUGGAAAACAUGCCCAGAAUGUUCCGGGUGGCUUUCUGGACAGAAAGGUUAGUUUCAGGCUGGUGGCAUCUAUGCUGGCAGCUGCCAGUUGUGCAAGACACAGCGAGGAGGCACACACUCUGUGGAGGGGUCGCACCAGAAUGACCUGGAAAGAGAUCUGCAGAAUGGGAAGCAGGAGAGCCCCUUCAGGCCAACAUGGAUAACCCAGGUCUGUGUCUUGGGGCCCCUGCCUUGCUAAGAGCUAGCUUUUAUGAACACUUGCUGGUGUGCUGGCUGGCUGAUUUCGCCCUGUCUCUCUUCUCCAUCCCCAGGGUGGUUAUAAACUGAUCUCCAGGGCUUUGGAGGCAGUCUGUGAACAAAGACCCACCUUCCCAGCACCAAAAGCCCUUCCUUCCUUGGACUCUUGCCAGGCUGUGCCCAAGUGAGGGCAGUCGCUCCAGAGCCUCCCUUCUGCUCCUCCCCAACAAUUCCUGUUGGGAACUGGAGUAGUCCACUAGCUUUCUUUGUUGGAACCAUGGACUGUGGCUGCCAGGGCUGCUCCCAGUAUAGCAGCUUAUUUGCUAGCCUGGGAAUCAUCUAAAGGGCUGCUUACACCUCAGUUUUGACUCAAUAGGUCUGGGGAACUGAAUUUUGGGACUUCUUUUCCAGCAUAGAUGUCUGCAGACCACACAGGCAAUUAAAAUCUUUCCAAUAGACACAUUUAAAAGUGAA